AUACAGAAAUGGAACAGUCAAUACUUCGAGCGAAUCUCUCUGAAAACCCUGGGCCUUUGCAUCCAGCUUGGCCACACCACUGGCCUGAAAUGUCCUAACCCUUGUCGCGCAUUCAAUGAUGAUUUUAUUGUUGUCGACACCCACAGCAUACACGAAGUAUCUCUCGACUUCUGCAAUUGUGCAACAGCCCAAAGCCAUAUACAACAGCUACUUCAAAUAUCGUGGUUUCCUUUGACAACAUCAGAUCCAAAAACUGCUGCAACAUUCCGCGUUCUUGAACACUAUCACCUACUCUCAUUUGAGUCAAAAGUAUCUGCCUUCGAGUUUUAUAAUGCGCUCAGCCGGAUGUCCGAUAACACUGGCUUACUUCCCAUCAAGGUAAACUUAAAUUUUAGGUGCCUUCAAAGUUAA